CUGCCGGCGGCACACGGGCUCGCGUGGGGCGUGGUGACCCGACAAGCGCCGGGCGCCCCAGAUCCCGACCCCCUGCGCCGCGGAGCGGAGUCGUCGCUCGGCACCGAGGAAGCGGACUGAGCUGCAGCCCCCGCUGUCCGGAGUGGAGAUCAGGGUGUCCUCGCGCCCGGAAUGAAGGGGACCGCGGUGACGCUUCCCGCUCCCGGACCCCAGCAGGUGCAGCAGAUGGUGCAAGAGCAGUACAUGGCCACCACGGAAGGCACCCAGGUCGAGAGGCCGGAGAGCCAGGAUGUCUACAAAAUCGGCAUCUAUGGCUGGAGGAAGCGCUGCCUGUACCUGUUCGUCCUGCUCUUGCUCAUCAUCCUCGUGGUGAAUUUGGCUCUUACAAUUUGGAUUCUUAAAGUGAUGUGGUUUUUUCCAACAGGAAUGGGUCACUUGCUUGUGACAAAAGAUGGACUUCGCCUAGAAGGAGAAUCAGAAUUUUUGUUCCCGUUGUAUGCCAAAGUAAUACACUCCAGACUGGACUCAUCUCUGCUUCUACAAUCCACUCAGAAUGUAACUGUAAGUGCGCGCAACUCAGAAGGAGAAGUCACGGGGAGGCUAAAAGUGGGUCCCAAAAUGGUGGAGGUCCAGAGUCAGCAGUUCCGGAUCAACUCAAAAGAUGGCAAGCCACUGUUUACCGUGGAUGAGAAGGAAGUUGUGGUUGGCACAGAUAGGCUUCGAGUAACUGGGCCUGAAGGGGCUCUUUUCGAACACUCAGUGGAGACACCCCUUGUCAGAGCGGACCCAUUUGAAGACCUAAGGCAGGAAACAUGUAGGAAAUCAGUGGAGAGGAAACUGGUGGGAAAUCAUUCUUUUCCAGGCAGCACAGAAUUUUUCUGGCCUGUAUUUUCCUGGUUCUGUUCUUAUGUCUGGCCUAAUCACAAGGACAUUCUGAUAAAUUUUACAACCAAGCAUCUGAGGCCAAUCUCUGUCCUGUCUAUGGACCUUAGCAAUUCAGUGUUUUUCCAAAAGAAAUUCUUUCAUCUACUCUGUAAUGCUUCUAAAUUGAAUAAAUAAAUCCUACACCAAAUUUUAUUCUGUUUCAGAACAUGUAUCAAAUGGAUGGGUUGUUCUUAAAUCUGUCCCUUUUUAUCCCAAAUAAGUUUGUACUGUAAGUAAAUACUGUAACAGUUUUGCUAUAGGAAGAAAUACAACUUCCGAGCUGGUAGAUGUCAAUGUGCCACAUUCGUGGGCCCACAAUAUUGAGGAGCAAAGCUUCAAACCAAAAGAAGAGGAGGGAGAGUUUCCUGCUAAUAAGGAUGUCUAGGUGGUGUGCCGCAUGGCGUGGCUCCGAAGGCCCUUUGUCUGGGGAGGUUUACACAGCAGUCACAAUGUGGGGACAACAUGGGUCAAAUUGCAGCCAACACACAGGAUUCCAUGGACAGCCACUUAGCUACACUGACCCAGAGGGAAACAAGUCACAUAGCAUGGAAAAGGUGCAUGGAAAGUGCAAAGGCGUUUUUGGGCAGAGAAAGGCACAGAUGCUCUGGUCACCCACCUGGAUGACUGAUGCCUGUGUGGCCUGCUGGGCCAACAGGUACUGAUUACAGUGUAAUCUCAAGUUACUGCUCACCCUGUCCCGAGGCCCCACCUUCUUCAGAUGCACCCCCAACCACUCUUCUGAUGCCUGUGUUUUUGUGCAGACCUCCCUGAGAGCCCAGCCCGUCUCUGACUGUACGUUAAUUUUUAUCCAACAUAACUGCCUAUAAUACUUUCAUAAAGCCAUUCUCCAAUGGCAUUUUCUUCUGGUGUGGCUUGCCAUGCCAUCAAAUACCACGAAGAUUAGGGCUGUCCAAUACUUUCACUUUUACAGGAUGCCACUUCCACAGACUCUCACUGAGAGGAUGUUCUUUUCUUUACUACACAUUAUUCCUGUAUUUAUCGAUGAAUAAUGCAUAGCACAUCAGAAUUCAUGAAUUAUUUAAAGUUUCUGAUUCUCAUUAAUUAUAUCCUCUACAUUUAACCAUUUUUUGAAGGAGUGAUGUCUUAGUUUUUUUUCUCAUUGCUGAGACAAACUACCUGACACCCAAAGUUAUAAAGGAAAAAAGGUUUAUUUAAGGUCAUAGUUUGUGGAGGUUUCAGUCCAUAAUCAGCUGGGUCCAAGGCAGGGUAGCUUGGCAGAGAGGUAUCACAGAAGAAAAGCAGUUCCUGGUGGCGGAAGACAGCAAAAGCAAGCAAGAGAAAGGGGAACAAGCCUCUUUCAGUCCCUUAUAUUGUACCCAGUCUACCAGGAUUAGGGCGGUGCCAAUCCAGUCAGUGGACGGAUCCAGCAAUCACCCACCCUUAAUCCCAGCAUUGCACAGUGGAUCAGCACACAUUCUAGAUUCAACAACCUCUGAAAAAAUCCUAUGACAGCAUGAGGCUUUAUGGGGACACCUAGACACAAACCAUAACAGGUGGCUUUCUUUUUUUUGAGUCAGGAUCUCACUGCAGUAUGUUGUUCAGGCUGCCAUUGAACUCCUGGGCUCAGGUGAUCCUCCUGCUUCAGCCUGUCAACUAGCAAGGACUGUAGGUGCACUGCCACUAUCCCCAGAUCAAGGAUGAAUUUCUAUUAGGAGUGUCUUU